AUGAACUUUACUCCGCUGAACCCAAGGCCUCUCCUCCAAAACCUGAUCAAUGACGAAGUUAUAAUACGAUUGAAAUGGGGACAGACUGAAUACAAAGGUCGCCUGGUCAGCGUCGAUUCAUACAUGAAUAUUCAAUUGUCAAACACGGAGGAAUAUAUUGACCGCAAACACACUGGCACACUAGGCGAGGUGCUGAUCAGAUGCAACAAUGUGCUCUGGAUAUCAGCAGCCAAAGGUGUCGAAAUGAACGGCGAAGCCGACACGAAGAUGGAGGGCUAA